GCCAGCAGCUGCUCGUAAAAAAGAGCAAGCGAGAGAAAAAGCACGCAGCCCCCCUUAAAAGCACAUACGUGCACACACAUGCAAAUCUGCACAGACCCAGAAGGGACGCACCGCUUUGGAUCUUACACCUGCUGGAAGCGAGUGGGAGGGGGCGGCGGACAACUUUGUUCCCCGGGAUCAGCCCGGAUCACUGUGCCAGACGAUGCCUUACUGUCCACUUUCACAAACUGCUCCGAGGAUUUGCUAAUCGCUCAUAUUUGUUUCCCCCGCACAUCUUUUUUCCAUCAGGCUGAGUCUGAAGCAGAUGAUGUUCUCACAAGUUCUAAGGAUUUCAUACGUCUCGAUCUGCUUUUUUCAAUGCAUCUUCAUCAGGCCAGGUUCCUGUAAAGAGGAGAUAAAGUCCCCAAACAGGACAACCUUAAAGCCCAUGUCCCCAUCUGAUUUCCUGGACAAGCUCAUGGGGAGAACAUCUGGAUAUGAUGCCCGGAUCAGACCCAACUUCAAAGGACCUCCAGUGAAUGUCACCUGCAACAUUUUUAUCAACAGCUUUGGAUCCAUCACUGAAACGACGAUGGACUACCGGCUCAACGUGUUCCUGCGGCAGCAGUGGAACGACCCGCGGCUGGCUUACAGCGAGUACCCGGAUGCCUCUCUGGACUUGGACCCCUCCAUGUUGGACUCCAUCUGGAAGCCCGACCUGUUUUUUGCCAACGAGAAGGGAGCCAAUUUCCACGAGGUCACUACCGACAACAAGCUGUUGCGCAUCUUCCAGAACGGGAACGUGCUGUAUAGCAUCAGGCUGACUCUGAUCCUGUCCUGUCCUAUGGACUUGAAGAAUUUCCCGAUGGAUAUUCAGACCUGCACCAUGCAGCUCGAGAGCUUUGGCUACACCAUGAAUGACCUCAUCUUUGAGUGGCUGGAUGUUGCACCCGUGCAGGUGGCUGAGGAUCUGAUGCUGCCGCAGUUUGUACUGAAAGAAGAGAAAGACUUGGGCUAUUGUACCAAGCACUAUAACACAGGCAAAUUCACUUGCAUCGAGGUGAAGUUCCACCUGGAGAGACAGAUGGGCUACUACCUGAUCCAGAUGUACAUCCCCAGCCUGCUCAUUGUCAUUCUGUCCUGGGUCUCCUUCUGGAUCAACAUGGACGCAGCACCAGCACGAGUUGGCCUGGGAAUCACCACGGUGCUCACCAUGACGACGCAGAGCUCUGGGUCACGGGCCUCCCUGCCUAAGGUGUCCUACGUGAAGGCCAUCGACAUCUGGAUGGCUGUCUGCCUGCUCUUCGUGUUCGCCGCACUCCUGGAAUACGCCGCGGUCAACUUCGUCUCACGGCAGCACAAGGAAUUCAUCCGGCUGCGUAAGAAGCAGCGGAGACAGAGGAUGGAGGAUGACCUCGUACGGGAAAGUCGCGGCUUCUACUUCCGUGGCUAUGGACUGGGACAUUGUCUACAGGUGAAGGAUGGCUCAGCCAUGGAGGGAACCACCAUGUUCACGCCCCCCCAGCCACCGCCCCCCGUGCAGAUGGCCUACGACAGCGAGUCGGUCCGCAAGCGCUUCGUGGACCGGGCCAAGCGGAUCGACACCAUCUCCCGGGCCGUCUUCCCGCUGAGUUUCCUAAUCUUCAACAUCUUCUACUGGAUUACUUACAAAGUGCUGAGGCAUGAAGACAUUCAUGCCGCUUUAUAAGGAAGGUGGGAGGAGGGCAGAUUUCCCAGCAUUCACAGCUCCUGCGGUAUUUAUUGUCAUUGUUACUUUUUUCUCAGAGCCAAAACUGUGGGACAGAGCGAGGACAAACUUUAAAACGUUCAUAUUCGAUGUAUUGAUGAGGCCUGUUUUAUAUUUCCGGACAAAUACACUGUCAGCUGUACGUGUGUGUGGCACAGCAACUCCAAGGUCACAGAGUAAGAUUACCGGCCCAAACAGCGAGCAGCUAUGGAUCUGAAUGAGGGUGGCAUUCUCUGGACGGUGAACUCAAAAUUAAUGUAAAGCCCUCGUUUUCCUGCAUUUUUGUAAAAAAAAAUUAAAGUUCGCCAUUGUCUGCUGUUUCCUCUUGAGUCGACAGUCUGCCAUGGGCUAAAGGUCUCAGUUGCUUGGAAAAUGUUCUCCAAAAAAUUCCCUCCUAACCUGUGGACAAAACAAACUUGAAUUUCAUCACAUGCUCUCCCAGACUGAAUGUUUUUCUACACUUUUGAAAUGCCAAACGAUCAGAUUGCAACUGGGAAGAUGUACUUCAUAUUUCUGAAUAUCCAUUGGGUGAUGAUGUUGUUUUAAUUAAUUGAUAACACACACACACACA